CAGGGAAUAUAUGCAUUGUAUCGUAUGUGUUUCAGGCACAAGUACGACUCCGCUGGGUUGGCAUCGUCACCUCUCGAACUAUUUUCUUGUUGCUUGUUGUAAGUUAUAACUGCUGCUCCCCCACUUUUAUGUAAUAUACUUGCACUAAAUAAAAGGGCAGCGCAGGCAACAAAGCCGUUCACCUGUCGCCACCAUCCAAACCAAGUAUCUCGUGCCUCGCAAAGGAGAAGGGAAAAAAAAAAACCUAGUAUCUCGUGAUAUCUGUCUCCUCCAAACAAAAAAGAAUCUGUGCAAGAUCUCUCUCCCUCGAUCGAUCUAUCAGCUUGCAGCAGUGUGCACAUGGAUCCUAAUGCCGUGCACGUCCAAAUGCCCGCCGUUGACACCGAAGCGUGCUGUGACGAUGAGAAGAAUCCGCAGCCUGCACGGGAGAUCAUCAGCGACCACGUCGCCGUUCGGCCGACACCGGCGGUGGACAAGACGCUGUCGGGCGCGUCGGACCUGUUGAAGCUCCUGCCGACGGGCACGGUGCUGGCGUUCCAGGCGCUGGCGCCGUCCUUCAGCAACCACGGCGUCUGCCACGCCGUCGCCAACCGGUACCUGGUCCUGGCGCUCAUCGGCGCCUGCGCGGCAUCCUGCAUGCUCCUCUCCUUCACGGACAGCCUCAUCGGCCACGAUGGCAAGCUCUACUACGGCGUUGCCACCCUCCGCGGGUUCCGACCCUUCAACUUCGCCGGCACGCGGGAGGAGCACGGCACCGUGUUCAAGGACCUGUCCAGGUUCAGGAUCACUGCGCUCGACUUUGUCCACGCCUUCUUCUCGGCGGUGGUGUUCCUGGCCGUCGCCUUCGCCGACGCAGCCGUGCAGACGUGCCUCUUCCCGGAAGCAGAAGCGGACAUGAGGGAGCUGCUGGUGAACCUGCCGCUUGGCGCCGGGUUCCUGUCCAGCAUGGUGUUCAUGAUCUUCCCCACCACCAGGAAGAGCAUAGGCUACACAGACAUGACGCCCCACUCGCAGUGAUGACAUUUCAUUCAAAUGCAUGCAGCCAUGGAGUGUACACCAUCCGUCCCAAAAUAAAUUAAAUCCUAUGUACAAAUCUAGAUGUAGUAAUAUUAUCUAGAAUCGUAAUUAGGAUUUAAUUCUUUUUUGAGAUGGAGGGAGUAUAUAUAGGAUAAUAUUUCUCUCCCAAGUACUACAGAAUGUUCUAAUUAACAAGCUAACAAGCUAUAUGCAUGCAAUACAUCUAACAAGCCCUUCAAGCUAUGGUCAGCUCUAUCUGGGCUUUCAUGAA